GCCGGGCGCUCUACUUAGCACGGGGGCGACCCUGAGGAGCUACAGCUGCUGCUCAGGCACCGGCACCAUCACCAGCGCCGGCCAGGGCGGUCUCAGGCUGCAGGCCCAGGCCCUCUGCGGCGGCAGCGGAGCGCGGUUAAUCUAGGAUCCAGUUUCCAAAAUGUGGCGGCUCCUGGCCACACUCAGCCUGGUGGUGCUGACCAGUGCCUGGAGCGAUGUGCAUUUCCCGCCUCUGUCGGAUGAGCUGGUCAACUUCGUUAACAAGCAGAACACUACGUGGAAGGCUGGACACAACUUCUACAACGUGGACCUGAGCUACGUGAAGAAGCUGUGUGGCACCUUCCUGGGCGGGCCCAAGCUGCCCCAGAGAGCUGCCUUUGCUGAGGGCAUGAUCCUGCCUGAAAGCUUCGACGCCCGGGAACAGUGGCCAAACUGCCCGACCAUCAGAGAGAUCAGAGACCAGGGUUCCUGCGGCUCCUGCUGGGCGUUCGGGGCUGUGGAAGCCAUCUCUGACCGGCUCUGCAUCCGCAGCAAUGGACGCGUCAACGUGGAGGUGUCCGCCGAGGACAUGCUGACCUGCUGUGGCGACGAGUGUGGGGACGGCUGUAAUGGCGGCUUCCCCGCUGGAGCCUGGAACUUCUGGACGAAACAAGGCCUGGUGUCCGGGGGCCUCUAUAACUCACAUGUGGGCUGCAGGCCCUACUCCAUCCCCCCCUGCGAGCACCACGUGAACGGCUCCCGGCCCCCGUGCACGGGGGAGGGCGACACCCCCAAGUGCAGCAAGAUCUGUGAGCCCGGCUACACCCCAUCCUACAAAGAAGACAAGCACUUUGGAUGCAGUUCCUACAGCGUCUCCGGUAGCGAGAAGGAGAUCAUGGCGGAGAUCUACAAAAACGGCCCAGUCGAGGGGGCCUUCUCCGUGUAUUCGGACUUCCUGCUGUACAAGUCUGGGGUGUACCAGCACGUCACAGGAGAGAUGAUGGGAGGCCACGCCAUCCGCAUCCUGGGCUGGGGAGUGGAGAACGGCACCCCCUACUGGCUGGUCGGCAACUCCUGGAACACCGACUGGGGUGACAAUGGCUUCUUUAAAAUCCUCAGAGGAGAGGAUCACUGUGGAAUCGAAUCAGAAAUUGUGGCUGGAAUCCCAUGCACUCGUCAGUACUAGAAGAUGUAACCUCCUGUGGGCCUGGCCGCUGGCCCUGGGGCACUUUUUUCCCUAAAUACCGCCAUUCAGACUGGGGAUGAGAUGCAGGGGUAGGAAUGUCUUUUAGUUUUAGCCAGGGCCUGAAGGACUGGGUCAGGCCAAGCCCCAUGUUUGCCAUCGGCACUGUCUUCCAAGGAGACGCAGCCAAGGCCAGCCCAGCGGACGGGCUGCUGUCACGGCGCAAGCACGCCGCCUCUCCCGUAAACCAGCUGUGUAGUGCCUGCUGCCCCCGCCUCUGCGUCACCAGGGAGCAAGACAGACCGGAAGGGUUUGUAGUUUCCCAAAGGAGUGGAAAGCAGAGCUCUCCUAGCUAGAUGGAUUCCCACCCAAGCAGGCGGCUUUCUGGAUCCGGAAUAGGUUGAGAAGAGAUAGAUAGUGGGGCAGCCCUUUGGAGAAAGCCACGUUCUCCCAGGGCCCCUGCAUCUGUUGAGGUCUGCAGCGCUGCUAACCCUCUCUGGUCUUGUCCUUGGCAUGAUUCUUAGGUUUUCUGUUGUGUGCUCCUUGGCUGAUCAGGUGGAUGAGAGUCUGCUGGUUGGGUUGGAAGAGCUGUACUAGUGGUACAGAUUGUCUCCCUCAAACUCAGUGGUUGAGAUUUCUCUUACCUGCUGCCCUCUGAUACCACAGUCUGGGGAGAAGCCGGCUUUUACUGUUUUGAAAUCACUGCUUCACCCUGUUAAUAUAACAAAGAAAGGAAUGACUGCCAAUAAAAUGCCUCUUCUUCAAUGUGAA